CUCACGCUAAACAUCGAAACACUUUUUUAUUUUGUUUCUUAUCGUUUUAAAUGAAGCUAAAUUUAUUUUUCACAUUUGCUGCUGUCAUUGCCGUUGCUCAGGCAGCCACAAGUACUCAAAAAGUAUUAAAUACAAACGAUUCAAAGGCCAAAAAUGGACUCAAUGUCAAAACUAUUAUUCACAACCACGAUAAACCCAACGUGUUAGAAGCCCAUGUUAAAAAAUUUGGAGGCGAGACUCUAGCAUAUGUCACGCCAUGGAAUAAUCGCGGAUAUGAUGUAGUUAAAGAGUUUAAAGGAAAAUUUGACUACGUCUCACCUGUUUGGUACUAUAUUCAAAGAAGAUCUCCUAUGCAAUUUGAUUUUGAUGGAGAGCAUGAUGUAGAUCAAGGGUGGAUGAAAGAAGUGAAAGAUAUUAAAACAAAUAUGGGAAAAAUUCUACCAAGAUUUCAAUUUCGUGGAUGGACAAGUGAAGAUUUAAGAGUCUUUGUAGGAAGUUCUGAAGAAUCGGCUGCGUUGGCAAAUGAAAUCAACCAACAAGUCCAGAAAUAUGGAUUUGAUGGUGUUGUUGUUGAAUGUGGAUACCCUGCCUUUUUUCAAAAGUUUUUAUCCGAUCUAUCAUCUUUAUUGCAUUCCGAAAAGAAACAGUUAAUUGUGGUUUUACCUUCGGUUAUCACAGAAGAACAUAAACAAUUCAUGAAGCCAGAAAUAUUUGAUGCCAUGGCCAAAUACAUUGAUAGAUUUAGUAUCAUGACUUAUGAUUAUUCAAGCCAUGAUCCCAACGGAGGCCCCAACUCGCCUAUUGAAUGGAUUAUGGAUAACAUUGAUUAUUUGACUAAUGAAGAAAAUCGACAUCAAUUACUUAUCGGCCUCAACAUGUAUGCCAUGUCAUAUCUACAUACACGUGCACCCGAGCCAUUAGUUAUGAAAACAGUAGUGGAAAAGCUAACCUAUCAGCCAAGAGAAUAUGACGAACUUUUAGAACCUGAAGAGCAGGAGACGGGUGAUGAUCAAGAAUUAAAUUGGGAUAAAGAAACACAAGAAGCCUGGUUUAUUGAUAUCGAUGAGGAUGGUAUCAGACAAGGCACAGUGUGGAUGCCAACAUAUAGGUCCAUUAGAAAUCGUGUUCGUCUUGCAGAAGACUAUGGUGUUGGAAUUGCACUAUGGGAGGUUGGACAAGGCCUUGACUAUUAUUGUAUUAUACAUUGCUGUAUAUCACAUUACAUUGCUGCAUAG